AUGCUGCUCGCCACGGUAGUUGUCGGGCUGAUUGGUUCUUCGCUGGCACAAGUGGCAGGUUUAAUCUCGCUCAAGCUAUACGCGACUCCAUUGCCAGCAAAUUUUGAAGUGUUUGAGGCUGUAAAGGGCCUUCAACUGCGGUUGUACUUGGAAGGUACUGAUGCGAAAUUUGUUCGAGUGACGCCUACAAGUGCUGGAGUGCGUUUUGAACCAAGUUUCGUGGUUUUCAGCUCAAGUGUUUCGGUUGUAAGUGGCAUCACUGCUCGUGCAAUGUCCACCGGAGAUAUGACGAUCGACUACGUUGCUACACUGGAAGGAAACAUUUCUACAAGCUCUGUAUUGUUUUCGCAAUCGGUCACAGUUUUAUCAUUUCCUAUCGGGUAUUCCGUGGAUUCCAUGGAGUGGAAUGGAGUAGUCUUACAACGUGAUUCUUUCGAUAACGCAACGUCUCUCACGUCUUCAUUUUGGAGUCGACAACAGCACGGAUAUCCCAGCAGUGCGUGCGGGUCUUUUGACGGAACGAACGCGUUGUUCUUUACGUCUCUGGGUGAUCGAUUGGCACUCACUUCGCCUUUACAACUGGAAGGUUUCCAUGGUAAAAUGCAUUUCUAUCACGUGUACGGUUUUGAAACAAUUCAAAGAUACGACGCACAGGGCGACAACCGCGUUGCGUGUGAGAUGACAGACCUGAAUGAAGAAGUUCGAUUCGGGUAUUUACCAGUGAGUGCUGCUUCUCAUAAUAUCAGCUCAUGGAAAGAGAUCUUGGAGAUCCCACUUCCUACUUCUCGAAGUAGUAACUUCUCUUUCUACUCUGUGAUUCUACCCCAACUAUCAAUGCAUCAAGCCUCGCAGUUCUUCUGGAUGCAGAAGAAUCACUCAAGUUUUCCUAUCGAUGUUGCUACUGGAGUAACGAGAGAUGAAGUGAUUGCUGCGGAAAAUGACCAAACAAGUAUGCAAGGGCAAUUGGGGAGUCAGGAACGAGAACUCUGGACAUAUAGAAACAUGUUUGAUCAAUGGGCUAUCGACAAUGUGCGGCUUGAAGUGCGCUUAAACGUGCCCCACUUUUCCUUUAUACCAAGUGCUAGAUUCAACAGUAGCAGUGGAGUUGGAGUGGGUGGAAUUGAUGUUCUCGUGGCUUCCCCAGUUCCUGGAAGUUGGGUAGAGUUCACAACAGGAGAUGGUGCUCAGGCCUUCCCAGUAUGUAACACACCUGGGCAUUACAACAAUGCCACGGUCUCUCUUAGUACAAGUGGCUACGUCCAUGCUGCAGCAUGUCUACUAGUCAACGGGCUACUGGUCAGCAGCUACCCCGUGCGCUCGUCUCGAUUUUUGGUUCAAGCAAUUGAGCCAACUAUCACUAGUGUACUGGAUACGUCAACGAGCGUCGAUACGUGGACUCUUAGCGUCAAGUGCACAAAUUGCACAUCCAUGAGAUAUACUGUCGUACCUCUUGAAGAAAAUACCACAGCAUCUUCAUUUGUACCCAGUUGCGUAUUUGGCACCAAAAUUUUAUCCACAACUGGAGAGGUCAAGGUGACGUUCAAUGCAAAGAUUCGAGUGGUGGCGUGUGGGACCGAUUUACUCCCCAGCAAGCUCGUGGAAUCUAAAAAUCUUGUCGCUCAUCCUCGUAUACCUACCUUCAAAUACGAACUUCCAGCGACAACUGUCACAGGAUUCAUGAACCUCACAAUUUCCCCACCAACUGCCACCGAUCAGUUGUUCGGUGUGGCUUACUCGGUCGUAAAAUCUGACAAAGACUUGCCGACGUGCAGUAGUUCAAUAUCUUCUGGAGAGAUCAAUCUGGUUGUGAAAGUUUACGAUGUGGUUCGAGCAGUAACCUGCUGUGUCGGUGUGGUAUGUGCUGAUAGUACCGUAGUGACUUGGGGGCCAGUAAGUGCUCAAGCUGUGAAGCCAACCUACACUACUGCCUGUAGUGCUAUCAAACCGCAAACUUUAAUCGUGCAAUUAGCUGCAGUGACGGACAACGCUACUCUACGGUAUCAGGUAUUAACGACAGGUGCACACGUAACUUUGACCUGCUCAUCGGGGUCUCUCUAUACACAACCUGUGGAAAUUUAUACUGGAACAGUCCAAGUUGUCGCAGUGAGUUGUUUAGAUGGCCUCAAGAUGAGUGACUACACGGAAAUAGUCAUUUCUCUGGAAAAAUGCUGCUCGGGACGUACUGCAUACACUUUCGAAUCCUGCGCACAUGUUCUUGUUAUGGAGGAUGAUUUCGCGAAAUGUCCCGGUGACGGUGGAGCUGGGAACGUCCAAACCAACACCAACUGGCAGCCAAUCACAAGUCAGUGGGGAGAGGGAAAUGUCAAUGGAGGUAUGCACUCGGACAAUGUGCGCUGUGUGACAGAAACUAUCCUGGGCAAGCGAGUGCUGGAGCUGACAGCAAACGGGGAUUUGUAUGCUGGAGUUGCUCCAGUAGGAAAGACGAUGACAAAUGACGGGUCUUUACGGGACCGUACUACGGACGAUCGAUUCACGGAAUGGGCGUUGGAUGGGAUAACUCCACUACCUUGCAGCUCUCUUGAGCCCUGCAAGUCUCGUCGCGUUGGUGCUGCUGUCAAAACUAUCUUGAAACAGAAUUCUGGCGUUUUGGUUAUGCGGAUGAAGCCAUGUUCAGCUUUUGGAACUCUUACGCAGGUUUGGUGGGGGGAUUAUGAAGAUGUCGAAGAGAAAGACAAGAUCCCUUUUCUGCCACUUUGGAAAUCUGCGUUGUACCAGGCGAAAACCAAUUCUGAUAUUCCUUUUACACUAACUUCACCACAACCUGUUGGCGACACGUAUACCGAGGUUGUAAUGCAGUGGGACGCCAGCUCUGCCCGUACAAACCUAUACAUGGAUGGUCAGCUUGUACUGAAGCAGAUUGGUACGAAUAGUAAAUCCGACGCGAACAGUUCAUUAUCAAUUGGCGUAUGGUUUCCGAAUGCUGUAGCUGGUGAACCUUUCUUCCCAAUGUGCCACGCGUAUGUGGACAAAGUUGAAGUUUUUGAUCUUCAGAUCACAGGAGGAAGAUGGUGCGAUUUUGAAGAGCUUACGGUGGAUGCUAUUUCUUGUACUAAGGAUGCCGAUUGCGAGAAUUGGGUGGAGCUUCAUUGCUUUAUGGAUAUUUACGAGGCAAUUUGUACGACUGAUCGCUAUAGCGAUACUGACGACAGGAGUUCUACCAGAGGAUUCUGCCAGUUUCGGCUACAACCAACGACUCCGACGAGUGUGUCGAGCUCAGCAAUGACCUCUCGAGAGCUCGAGAUACAAUGGGAAGAGGAGGAAGACCCGAGGCGCAUUUGA